AUGGUUUUGGGCGAUGCGUCCACCCUGCCGCUUGGCUGGAGUCCCGAACGGCUGCAGCUUCUCAAGUCGCGGAUCGCUGCAGCCAAGAAAGCUGUGCUGGCGGGAGAGCCACUCUAUCCAUACCACUGGUCGAUUCGAAACGAUCCAUGGCUCUGCUUUGACUGUGGGUCUCGGCAGCACUCAAGCGCUGUGGAUGCCCAUCACAGAGGCACUGUCGCUGCUGCCAGAUUUAAUCGGUACAAUUCAAGGAUGGCCGGGGAUGCUGUCGAUCUCGACAACGAGCCGACAGCCACUAACAGCCCCAGCAUCACCAGGCCGAGAAUCACAUCCCCAAGGCAAGAGCCGAUGGGUCUCGUCGCGCAAGGGCACCUGCUGAGCUUGCCUGUCCACAAUGGCUCUCCGUCGAUAUCCCGAGGUGGACAUCAAUCCGCCUGCAUGGAAGAGGUGUCGGCUAAAACUCAAGUGCGAUCCAAAACAACGAGCAAUUCGGCCCAAGGCCAUAGACAAGACGCAGCCACGCUCGAGCAAAUUCGUUUGUCAAGUCCGAGUACCGUGCCUACCUUGAUAGCUGCGGACGAUUUCGAAGAACCCGCCAGUCCAGCCGGAGCCUCUGACCAAGUCGAUAUGCUUGCGCAAGGCCAUCAUGGGUCGCUUCAUCGAGAGCCGUUUCUGCAAAGCAUCAGCCAUGCCAGCGAAGGACCGACUGCAUCGCCUCAGCUGCUAUCCGGAACAGCUCCUCGAUACGGAAUGCCGGGGCCUGGACUCGUCCGUCAUCCUACGCUGCCUCAGCCCCAAGAUACAUCUGGCAUGUUGCUCUCGAUGGACUGCGACAUCUCCUUGUUGUCGUUCCCAGAGCCAUCUCUGCAGCUUGUAGAUGACGAACCUGAGGACCUCGAUGAGCCGCUGGUCAUUGAUGCCCACCAACCAGACGGCAAUGCCCGCCGUCUUGACCACAACGUUGCCUCCAAAGCAAAUGGGAAUGUGCUUCCCCUUGGAACAGGGAUCGGCAACCGGCAGCUUGAAACCCCAACCGAGUCAUCCCUGCUCCAAAGCCAAGCACAGGCAUCGCUUUUCAAUAGCCCCGCCGCAGCUCCUGGACCCAAAAAUGUUUUCGACUUUCCUGGCUCGGACGAUGACGACGAACAGCCGCAAUCCAAGGUCUCUGGUCGAAAACCGGAGCUGUCACUCAGAGGACCAACAUGCUACGGGAAGGCGCCAAAGGCGCACAAGCCCAUAUCGGCAGUACUGUUUGAGAUUUUGAAAACCGAGCCAACGGGGAGCCCUCGGUCGGAGUCGCUGUUCGGACGGCCUGCAUUCAGCUUGACAGCGACUGGUUCUGUCGAAGAGAGCGACUUUCCUUCUAGCCAGCGUACACCAGAACGCGGCCCAAGUCUCCCGCUCGGCUCACAGUUCUCACCCGGUGAAGACGGGAGCCUCAAUGAAAUCCAGCGUUUUCUUGCAAGCGAGGUCGGACUUGAAUCUGCCAACGGCCAGUUUGACAUGCCCUGA